GUCGCAGGACUCUUUGGUAUCAAUAUACCUUUCAUACUGGAUCAUCUGGGCGGCGACGAAUACCGAAUGGUGGGAGUCGCAUAUUUACCAGGCCAUCGCUUGGGUCAUGACUUCAUCGAGAACGCAGAACCCGGAACAGACUGGAAAGACUUCCUCCAGACUGGCCAACUCGAAAGGUUCAAUAUC